AUGCAAGAGAAUCUGCAAAAACCGUAUGUCGAAAUAGUCGAGCAGCCGAACAAAGCUUUGAGAUUUCGUUACGAAUGCGAAGGAAGAUAUGCUAGCUGCAUACCGGGCAUUAGCUCGACUCCUGGUAACAAAACUCAUCCAGAAAUACGAAUAAUUGGUUAUAAAGGUCCGGCUGUUGUGAUCGUCUCAUGCGUUACCAAGGAUGAGCCUUAUAGGCCGCAUCCUCAUAGAUUGGUUGGUUUAAAAUGUAGUAGCGGUAUUUUUCGUGACGAUAUCAAUGAGGACACCAUGUCAAUGACAUUCAAUCAUUUGGGUAUACAAUGUGUAAGAAAGAAAGACAUCGAAGAGGCAUUGAGUGAACGUGAAGGAAGAAAGGUAGAUCCCUUUCAGACGGGAUUUUCCCAUCAUAGCAUUGAUUUGAGUGCCGUACGACUAUGUUUUCAAGUGUAUAUACCACCGACUUACUAUCCUCUUGCUCCCAUUGUAUCGGAGCCUAUUCAUGAUCAAAAGUCAAAGACCGAUCUUGUAAUCCGUCGUCUAUGCACUUGUGCAGGCAGCGUGAAGGGCAAUUCUGAAAUGAUUUUGUUAUGCGAUAAGGUAUCGAAAACCGACAUUAAAGUACGAUUUUAUGAGCAAAACACCGGCUGGACAGCAUACGGUUUAUUCGAGCAAAAAGAUGUGCACAAGCAGACGGCCAUUGUGUUUAGGACACCGAAAUAUCACAAUCUAAAUAUAACAAAGCCGGCUACUGUUACAAUACAAUUAGAGCGCAUAUCAGAUGGAGCUUUAAGCGAAUCGUAUGCCUUCGAUUAUAUACCAUUAGAUGUCGUUCCCGGGUAUUUAAAGCAAAAACGCCAAAAAAUUAAUCAAUCGGGUGGUCCUAAAUAUCAUUUAAUGAAUUACGGCAAUGCCAGCGUAACAUAUUUGAAUCCGAUCAACAUGCAAUGCCAACAGCAAGGUGUGAAUUUGUAUGCACAGCCAGAGAUAUCCUUCGAUAAUUUUGGUGAUAUUCAUAAUAUAGCUUCUACGGUGCAAACGACAAACGCAUUGGAUAACUUCAAUCAACAAGCACAAUGCGGAGGAAACAACUUAGGAAUGAAUGCCGUCUUCUGUCCACAAAUCUUUAACAAUAUGUGCCAAUUUAAUCAAACAGCGCAAUACAAUAUGAGUUUGCAAAAUGCAGGAGCUGCGAAUUCGCCAAUGUUGAGGAAUGGGUCGCAGAACAUAGCCGUCGGUAGCCACAACGAUUCCAGCCAAAUGAAGGUCGAAGGUUUACAACAAAUUUUACAAAAUCAAAUACCAGUAAAUGGCUUAUCAAACCUCUCCAUAGGGGAGAACUUGCUUUAA